AUGUCGCAACAAUCCUCAUCCGAGCAGGCAGGCAGACCUCAGCCGUCAAGACCUCCAACGACACCGUUCGACAUCGACAACUACUUCAACCCAUUCGUUCCGCGCAACCCUCUACGCUUCCUCCCCACCCACAUCUCAUACUGGUUCGGGUACCGCCAACAUGCCACACAACGACACCCAUUUUUCAGCCUCCACUCAUCCAUCAACGACCUCAGACUGCCCAGGUGGUACUAUGUCUGGCAUUUGCACACGGCGUUUCUGUACUCCUCGAUGCUGAUCGGCGCGUUCUGCGGCGUCGCCAUCAUCGAGAACGUCUUCCUCGCCCUGCCCCAGCUUUCGGGACAUACGGUGCCCAUUGUCAUUGCGUCGUUCGGCGCGGCAGCAAUCCUCGAGUACAACACGAUAGAAUCGCCGCUCGCGCAGCCACGGAAUCUCAUCCUCGGCCAUUUCCUCUCCGCCGUCGUGGGCGUGGGCAUUACGAAACUGUUCCUCCACCUUCCGCCGGACAGGUUCGAGGAUCUGCGAUGGGUGGCGGGUGCGCUCUCCGUGGGACUGGCAUCCAUACUCAUGUCGUUUUCCAAGACGAUUCACCCGCCCGCGGGCGCGACGGCGCUACUUGCAGCAACGAACCUUGAGAUCCAAGACCUGGGAUGGUGGCUGCUGCCUCUCGUCCUGUUGGCCAGUAUGCUGAUGCUGGCGAGCGCGUUGGUGGUCAACAACGGUAUGGGACGACGAUAUCCCGUGUAUUGGUGGACGCCUGUCGACCUGCAAGCCCUGAGGGAUCAGAGGAGGAAAGAACGCCUGACGAGACGUCAGAAGGAAGAAGCGGACGUGGAGAAGGCGGUUGGCAGCGUGGAGGGCCGGGACCACAGCCUUAGCCAGACGGACACCGAGGCGGCCGUCUCAGACGAAGAUCUGCGCAAGGAACUUUCAGCAGAGCAGGAGCGAGGCCGACCCGAUCGUGCUAAUCGCGCCGUGUCGUAUUCGGCGACGGAUCGUGUUCCUCGACCGGAAAGAGAGACCGGGCCAGAGUCCGAAGAUACCGAGGGCUCGGGGAAAAAGAGCACCUCACAAGUCAUGUCCGGGGAGAGCAUUCUCGUGACGAGCCACAAGAUCGUGACGCCCGAGUGGCUCGAGCUGAGCGAUUGGGAGGACGAAGUCCUGAGGAUCCUGAUGGAGAGAAUCAAAGAGGGGCGACGUUCGGAGGAGUUGGGGAUGUGA